UUGUUUUUAUAAUAAUCAACUGCGCGUAGGCCUAAGCCAACUUGAAGGGACCUUUUCUUAGUUCAAAAGAGAAAUAAAAAAUAAAGUCAAAAACCAACAAUAAUGGGAAACAUGGCCUCUUUAAUUCCUUCUUUUUAUUUUCUUAAAACCCCCAUUUAUUUUUCCUCUUCAUUUUUUUUUCUACAACCUCACCGCUCCGCUCUCUGUUCUUCGCAAGUUUCUUCUCCACGCCACUGUUUGGAUAAAGAUUCUUUUGCACAACAAUUUUCUCGUCCCCUCCUCGAGUUUUCUGCUACAAAUCCAUGGCGGUUUCUCCCCAUUCUUUCCCACCGAGGAAACGGCGGCCCUCGGCGGCGGCAUUCGUCUCCCCCAAAUUCUCCGCCUCCAUUCUCCUCGAAUCGCUCCUCGCCCUCUGCCAGGAAAUUUCCGCCAUGAAACCGCUUCACUUUCUCCUCAAACGCUACUCCAAUUCGCUGAUUCGGAAGUCCAGAUUGCUCGAGAUCUUUCUCUACGAUCUCCGCCGCAACCGGAUUGUUUCCUUCUCCGCCUCCGCCUCCCUCUGCCUCGAAGAAAUGUACAUCGUCUUGCAGAGAAUCAAGACCUUGAUCGAAGACUGUUCUAAUGGAAGCAAGAUGUGGCUCCUCACUCAGAACGAAUCCGUCGCCAGUAAUUUCCACGAACUCACUCUCGAUUUGUCCACUCUACUGGAUAUUUUCCCCGUCAAGGACGCUGGAUUGACUGAAGAUGUUGAAGAAAUUUUCUACCUCUUGAGAAAUCAAUGUUCGGAAUCAACCGCUUUCGUCGAUCCGCGAGACGAAGAUCUCCGACGCCGAGUCUCCAACACGAUCGAUCGGAUCAGAGACGAAAUCGUCCCCGAUCAUUCCGAAUUAUCCGAGAUCUUCUCGAGGCUCGAUCUUCGCGAUUCGUCGAGUUGCAGAGAGGAAAUCGAGAAUCUCGAGGACGAAGUUCAGAAUCAAAUCGACGAGAAAUCGAAAUCCGAUGUGAGUGCUAUGAUCGGACUCGUGAGGUACGCGAAAUGCGUUCUGUUCGGAGCGUCGACGCCGGAACCCGGCUUCCGGCGCAAGGAUUCCAUAUCGGAUUUGGCUUUGCCGGCGGACUUCAGGUGCCCGAUAAGCCUGGACCUAAUGCAGGACCCAGUCGUCGUGGUGACAGACGAUCCUCUUAAGAAGAGAACGUACAAUUAUCUCUCUGGGACCAAUGGUCGUAGAAUGUUUGUAAGGGGUAUGUGUGCCGAAAAUUGUGGGGCAAGUGGCUUGGGUUUUAAGGGUUUAUUUGAAUUGGUUUAUAUUACGUGCUAUCUCAUUGGAUUCUUGGAAUCAAUUAAUGUUAAAGAAUGA